AGCGCGUGCGCACUGCCUUUAUCUAUAAUCAGUGUGAAUUUGUGAUCCUGUAUUUCUUCCACUGACAGCGAUUGUGACCGUCAUUUUUUUAUCCGGCUCACAGGAAUUCAGGAAACAGAUGGAGCUGUAUACACCGAUGCUGUUGCAGUCCAAGUUUGACAGUAGUGGUGGCGCACUGAGCUCGCCGAGUACCAAGUGCUGCCCUCGCAUCAGGUCGUAUCCUCUUUCUUCUAAGCUCCUGUUCUCACAUAUUCCAUUCCUCUCUCCCCUCCUGUAGCUGCACGCGCUGUGCUUGUAGAAAUGCCUGAACGGGUUCCUCCCCCACGGAGAUGCUGACACUCAACCAGUCAACUACUAUUAUUGGUCUAUUGGCGCGCACACAAGUCAGUCAACUUGUGCGCGUAGCGUUCUCCCAUUAGUCUUAUACUUUUCAGUGUCACCCACUCGCUUUUGUCCAGCUUCAGUUGACAAUUGACAUUGGUGACCAGAAUAUCAGCCACCUGUUGUUUCUCCUACUAGUAUCCCCAUUCUUUCCACAGCUGUUGCUCGAUCUGCUCCUCCUGGCUCCUGCAUCUAGCUAAGCCGAAGCUGAUAGUCAUAGGUUGGGAGGUCGUGCUUGAUCGAAGAACCUGUGAGCAAAGGUUAACUUGAGAUGGCUGAGUCACUGCUUCUGCCCAUGGUGUCCAGAGUGGCUGGCAAGGCUGCUGAUGUGCUCGUCCAGAGCAUCACUCGCAUGUGGGGCGUCGAUGAUGACCGGCGCAAGCUGGAGCGACAUCUGCUGGCCGUCCAGUCCUUGCUAGCCGACGCCGAGGUAAAGAGUGAGAAUAACCCCGCUGUCAGGAGGUGGAUGAAGGACCUCAAUGUGGUUGCCUACCGGGCUGACGAUGUCCUGGACGACUUCCAGUACGAGGCGCUGCAUCGUGAGGCCCAAAGCCACCGGUCCAUGACCAGCAAGGUACUGAGCUCCUUCACCUUGCAUAACCGACUUGUGUUCCGUCAUAAGGCGAGCAGGGACCUCAAAAACGUGCUUGACAAGAUCGAUGAGCUAGUGAUGGAGAUGAACAAGUUUGGUUUCAUGGAGCGCGCAGAGGUACCGCAUGCUCUUUAUCGGCAGACGCACUCAGUGCUGGAUGAGUCUGUAGAGAUUUUUGGCAGAGACGAAGACAAGGAGGCGUUGGUGAAACUGUUGAUCGAUCAGCAAGAUCAGCAGAAUGUCCAGGUACUUCCCAUCAUUGGAAUGGGUGGUUUGGGAAAGACCACUCUGGUCAAGAUGGUAUACAGCGAUUACAGGGUUCAGAAGCACUUCGACGUGAAGAUGUGGUACUGUGUAUCUGAAAACUUUGAAGCUACUGCUGUUGUUAGAUCCGUCAUUCAAUUGGCUACAAAUGGAACAUGUUCCCUGCCUGACACCAUUGAGCUUUUGCGAGGAAAACUGCAGGAAGUCAUUGGCCAGAAAAGGUACUUAUUGGUUCUUGAUGAUGUGUGGAACGAAGAGCAGCAAAAGUGGGAUGAUGACCUGAAGCCACUACUGUGUUCUUCUAUUGGUGGAUUCGGAAGUAUGAUAGUUGUCACAAGUCGGAGCCGACAAGUGGCCUCUAUAAUGGGCACCCUUCCCCCCUAUGAGCUAGCAUGCCUAAGUGAAGACGCUUCAUGGGAGUUGUUCUCACAGAAGGCAUUUAGUAAAGGGGUCCAAGAGCAAGAAGAGUUUGUCAUGUUUGGCAGGUGCAUUGUCAACAAGUGUAAAGGAUUGCCUCUUGCCCUCAAGACAAUGGGAGGCUUGAUGAGUUCAAAACAGCAAGUCCAGGACUGGGAGGCCAUUGCGGAAAGCAAUAUUAGUGAUACCAGUAGAGGCAAAGAUGAAGUAUUGUCCAUACUAAAACUGAGCUACAGACACUUGUCAUCGGAAAUGAAGCAAUGCUUUGCUUUCUGUGCAGCUUUCCCCAAAGACUAUUUGAUGGAGAAGGAUAAGUUGGUCCAACUAUGGAUAGCAAACAGUUAUAUUAUAUACAUGGUGAGGGAACAAUGGAUUUGGCACAGAAAGGCGAAUUCAUUUUCAACGAGUUGGCUUGGAGGUCCUUUCUUCAAGAUGUGGAUGUGCAAUCAUUUUCCAAGGAAAUUUUAUGUAAAAUGCAUGAUUUAAUGCAUGACCUAGCAAAAGAUGUCACGGACGAAUGCGCCUCUGCAGAAGAAUUAAUUCAGAAAAAAACACCAAUGGAAGAUGUGUACCACAUGAUAAUGUCAGAUUGUAAAUUGGAAGAGAUCAGUGGAUUAAAAGGCACAUUAUCUCUCCGCACUUUAUUAACUCAAUCAAGACUCAGGGAUCUCAAGAAGUUCAAACUGACAUCACUAAGAGCGCUUUGUUGCAUCGAUCCUGCUUUUAUCCAUAGCCCACGUAUAAAUACAUCACAUUUGCGGUACCUUGAUCUUUCUGAGUCAGACAUUGUUAGAUUACCAAAUUCACUAUGCAUGUUGUAUAACUUACAAUCAUUGAGACUUGACCAAUGCCGUUAUCUAUGAUAUCUACCGGAAGGAAUAACAACCUUGAGGAAGCUCAGCCAUCUUUAUCUUUGCGGAUGUGAGAAUUUGGAACGAAUGCCACCAAAACUUAGUCUACUGUGCAACCUUCGCACUCUGACAACAUUUGUUGUGGAUGACACAGGAGAUGGCUUUGGGAUUGAGGAACUCAGAGACAUGCGACAGCUUGGCCACAAGUUAGAACUGUACAAUUUGAGGAAAGUAAAGAGUGGGUCAAAGGCUAAUCUCCAUGAGAAACAGAAACUGAGUGAAUUACGAUUGUAUUGGGGCCGCGAUCAAGAUUACAAACCUUUAAAUGAUGUGAUCAGUAAUAAUGUGGAAGAAGUAUUGGAAUCGCUUGCACCUCAUGGUGAGCUCAAAAUUUUGGAGGUGCAUGGGUACAGUGGCCAUGAAAUCUCACGGUGGAUGAGAGACCCUCAAAUGUUCAGGUGCCUAAGGGCACUCGGUAUUGCCAAUUGCCCAAGAUGCAAGGAUCUGCCAAUAGUAUGGCUGUCCUCUCUUGAGCAUUUGUAUUUAUCUUGCAUGGGCAGCCUGACCACAUUAUGUAAGAAUGUCGAUGUGGAAGGUGAAGCAUACAAUACCUCUCUGCAAAUUUUCCCAAAGCUAAAGAUAGUGGAGCUAUCUCAUUUGCCGAAGUUGGAAAAAUGGGCAGAAAACAGUGCAGGAGAGCCUUAUAGCUCCGUGAUGUUUCCCCAGCUUGAGGAGCUAAGAAUCGAUAAUUGUAGUAAACUUGCACAUCUUCCAGAGAGCGCAGCUCUCACACACCUAUCCUUUUCAUUCGUCAAAAGAGCACGAUUAUGUCGUUGCAUUGAUUCUGCAGAAGGCCUUGUUCCUAUGAGCAUAUCUUUGGGCUCUUGCCCGUCCCUUGUCUCGUUGGAAGUUGGGAUGCUGGCAGAUGUGGUGAUGCUUUUCGAUGACCAGCAGAGUCAAAGCCAAAGAUCUGUGGAUACCCUGCGAAAUUUAAAGCUAUCGGGUGAUGAUGCCUUUGUAUCGAUUUUUAACAUUUCCAAAUUGCAACUUGGACUUGGGGAUUGCUUUGCCUUCUUGGAGGAAUUAGAUAUCUCAGGUUGCGACAGCAUCCUCCGCUGGCCAGUGGAGGAGCUGCGUUGCUUGCCUCUGCUUCGAUCUUUGAGUAUUUGCCUUAAGAAUUUGGAGGGCACAGGCUCAUCAUAUGAGGAGAUCCUUCCUCUGCCUCGUCUGGAAAAGUUAUACAUAUAUUUUUGUCACAGCUUGCUGGAGAUUCCAAAGUUGCCUGCAUCACUUGUCGAAGUGGAGAUUUGCUGGUGCAAAAGUUUGAUAGCACUGCCUUCAAACCUAGGAAAUCUGGCCAAGCUGCGUUGGUUCCGUCUGCACAGUUGCCAGGGGCUAAAAGCACUGCCUGAUGUGAUGAAUGGCCUCACUUCUCUUGAGGUACUGACAAUUCUUAGGUGUCCAGGGAUUGAGAAAUUUCCGGAGGGCCUCCUCCAGCGGCUUCAAGACUUAAAAUGCCUACAUAUCAAGGAUUGCCCCGAGCUGCAAAGGCGUUACGGACAAGGUUGGGAGUAUUUUGACUUGGUCUCUUCUAUUCCAAGAAAGCACAUUCCUGCAGCAGAACCCAAGAGAGAAAAGUCCUUAAAGAGGUUCCUCCGCCACUGCUGACCCUCAAGUCUGAAUCGAGACCUUGAGAUUAAAUUGGAAUGCAAUCCUCCACAAUCGAUCUGUGUACGCCAGAAGCAAAGCCCAGAACAUAUGGUUGUCUGUCCUUCUGCAGCAGUAUAGGAGAAUGGAUGAUUGCGCAUAUGACAAGUGCCAAAGGAAGGAG